AUGUGCUCUCGUGCCGGUAAAAUUUAGGCCAGCAAUCGACGGCUUAUCCGACUCAUUAUGGGGUUACCAACUCAAACCAGAUGAAAAGUGCGAGCGGUUACUGAGUUUGUAUGUUCCUUAAACUGAAGGGUUUAGAUCUAUUUUCUGAUCCCAUAGUUUAGGAAGGUAGCAAAUAGUCUAGGAUCAGCCACAGAACGGGAUAUCCUACAUGGGCUGAGCGUUAAGAAUGGAGGCUUUACCACCCACGGAAGCUGGAGUUUGGAUAGGGAGAUGGACCAGAAGAAGUUUGAUGAAGAUUAUCUCCUAGGCUUUUUGAAAGCCAUGAAAGCGCACAUCAUUAAGAAGGUUGCUUUGGCUUUUGGUGCCGGUAUUUAUCAUCCUUCCUAUCUUCAAUAUGUGGCUAACGCGCAAUAGAGGCAUCGCAAAAGAUCCCCAUGCAGUUAAUCAUAACAAUACCUCCAUGGUGGACAGACACCAUUUCUUCGCCUUUCGAGGCCCUUAUAUCAACCCCUGAGAACCCCUCUACAAAACUGCUCUGCGAACCAGAAGCGUGUUUUGCCCAUUAUCUUUCUCGUACAAAGGGCGUAAAGAUAGCCGAUGGAGAGUUACUGACGGUAUGCAAUAUGGAGGAGGAAAUGAUUAGUAUUAGCCAUUAUUCAGUGGGUUCUGUAAUGCCUGUGAUGAAGCUGGUUCCAAAACGAUGUGAUGUUCUUUUGAGCGGCAGUAGUGAUAUUGGAAUGAGGUUUGUCGAGUUGAUGGAGAGGAGGUUGGAGGGCGCAAUUAGGGAAUUGGGAGUUGAAGCCGACGAAGUUAUAGCUCAAUUAGAUAAGGUAGGGCAAACCAUCCGGGUGAGCUUUCUCAUGCUAACUGGUUUUUAGAUGAAAGCCACUUUUAUAGACAAGGUAUUAUCACUCCAGCCACAGAUAUGAGUCAUAGCUAAUCACUCACUAAGUUCCUCCCAAAAUUUGAUGGCAAGAAACCAUACAAAUUCCGGCGUAAGAACCGUGAACUUCCCCAACAUUUCCCCUUAUAAAGUGGUUAACGCUUUCAAGUGCCUUGGGCCAAUACCCCCGACUCCCCGCCUCACAUAGUGUCGUUGACGAUGCACCUCACUGUUGAUGACCUCGUAUCACUAUUCGAGCCAAGCUUUAAGAAGAUAUAUGACUAUCUCAAGCUUAUGGUUGACACGACCAACAGGAAAAUAUCCAUCCUAUUUGCAGGGCCGCUCAGCGUGUGUCCAUUUUUACAAAAUUAUAUACAGAAUCAUAUUAGCAGCAAUAACGACAAAAUGCAAAUAUUAAAGACAGCUGACGGGUAUAUAUCCUCUUCCUUAGUUGCAAGUUAAUACUAAUUCAAUACUCGGACAGACACACUUCAGGGGCCAGAGGAGCAGCACUAGCAGCGGAUAAUAAUGUUAAAAAGCAUAUUAUAAAUGUUCGCGGCAAGACAAAUGAAGUCAAGGCUUUUCGUUGGGCGGGUUCUCGUCUUGAGUUUCUACAAGAGUUGGAGGAUAAACUCGGGAUUCGUCGCCAAGCCUUGAUAAGCGCGGUAAAGCCUUCUCGUGGAAUUUCCAGGGAGUACAUACGCUUAACCAAGGCCUAUGAGAGACUGCUUAUUGAGAGAAUCCAACGGCAAGGCUAUUCAGCACCCACGAUAGCGGUUUUCGAGGCUAUGGAUGAGGUUCACUUGAGCAUGAAGCGGAGUGAUAAGAGCAGGGAACUACGAGCAAGAUUUGAAGCCGGAUAUGUGGAAGAGAAGAAGGUGAGGAUACGGGGACCGGGAUUAAAAGCGAGUGAAUUUGCGGUAUUACUUGGAGAUAUAGAAGCCACCGAAUUCUUAAAUGGGGAUCGACUGGCAGAGGCUCCUUCAUCGAGUAGCUGUCCUCUAGUGGACCCUCCCGAGGCUCAAAACAAUACCAAUCAGCAAUCCAGCUCACCAUUCCCGAGGGCACCCCGAGCUCCACCCGCAGCCAGGCCCCCGGCAUCCUCCACCCCGCCCGCACAACCCGCUCGUCCAUCAAUACUCCCUAGAACCCGGAGGGCUCCUGUGUUUUCAGUUCCACCAGUCUCGGCGCCGACACCAGCCCCAGCCCCAACUCCAUCUCCAUCAAUUCCUGGAAGGGCCCCAUUACCGCCACCAAAUGGAAGGAGGAGGGGGCCUGUAUUUGCAGUCCCAGAGAUUCCUCCCACUCCAACUCCUACACCACCAGCAGUUAGUUUACCUCCUCCACCAAUUCCACCAGAUCCUCACGCAGCGAGGCCUCCAGUGCCCUCAGUGCCACCACUGAAUUCAGGCAAAGCACCACCAACACGAAGAGGCCCCCCAGUUCAUUCGGUGGCACCUAUUACUCCCACACCUUCACCACCGGCUCCUCCAGUUCCAAGAGUGAGGGCUCCAGUAUUUACGGUGCCGGUAUUAUCGUGCGGGCCGCCUCCUUUUGAACCCUCCCAGACCCCGAUGCAGCCUCCUGUACGGGCAAGAACUCCCAUACCACCGGCCGCGCCUACAGGUGCAGGGGUGCGUGUUCCAAGGUUUGCAGUACCCGCAACGAUUCCAAUGCCUGCGGGGGGGGCACCAAUAGCACCGGCACCUCCUUUGUCAACGGGUCCACUAUCAUUGGGUGCUCGUGCUCCAGUAUUCUCGGUCCCAGCAGCUGUGCCUGGUCCAUUGCGAGAUGGUCAUCUCCCUCCGGCAGUUCCAGCACCCGCGGUGCCGCCUGUAGUUCUUACCGUGACACCGACUCCGACUGAGCCAACAGGUUCAGAAAGCUUAGAUAUAGAAGAUUCGGGGGAACUCGAUCCAGAAAAACAACAUUCGGAAGAGGAAACAGUUUCUUCCCAAUGCCAACCACUAAUCCCUUCAGCGGGGCCGGUCCCAAUAGCCAGAGGGGAGACGAUUGCCAACUCCCCCGACGUAUCCACCAGUCCCACACCCGCACCUGGUGCAGCUAGCCUUACAAAUCCUGAGGUCAGAUCUUUGUGUGCUGCAAUUAUGGCCGGUAACGCGGAUAUUGUCGACCAGCUCCUAGAAUCGGGCACGCCUCCUGACUUACUCGUCCGAGGCUCCCUUCCCGGUUUACACCUCGCCGCAUCGCUCGGCCAUAGUGAGAUCGUAAUGAUAUAUCUAGGCGCCGGAGUAGAUUCUAGCUCUACUGAUGCUGCUGGCAACAGCCCCCUACAUCUCGCGGCAAAAAAGGGACACACUGUUGUCGUUGAAAUAUUAUUACAAAGUGGAGCAGAGAUGGAAGCUGUUAACAUGGCCGGGAAUUCGAGUUUGCACGAGGCAGCAGUAGCCUCGCAGGCAGAGGUAGUGCGGCUAUUGCUAGAAAAGGGUGCAAAGUUUGAUAGGAAAAACCAUGAGGGUAGAACAGCUUUCUUAGAUACUGCAGCAACAGGAUGUAGCGAGAUUUUAAUGUUGCUGAUUGACGCGGGAGCGAAUGUCAACACCUCUGACGCAGCGGGUAAUUCCGCACUUCAUCUCGCGGCUGCUGUUAGUGAUGAGGAGCUGCUUUUGAUGCUGCUCGAUCUCCGUUUGGACCCCGCGGCCAAGAAUUCGCAGGGAAAGAUCCCAUUACAUUACGCCGCCUCCGGUAAAAACGAGCCAGCAACCAGGGUUUUACUUGAGAUAUAUCUCGAAGAGGCACCGGCAACCAUUAGCUUUCCGGAGCUUCCCCAAAAGAAGCGUCUACUAUUUGAAAACUGGUGCGCGAAUGAAGCGAAGGCCGCCUUGUUUUAUUCACUUAAACCAUCCCCGCAUCAAUCGAUCGAUACUUUAAAAACGGCUCUUCGAUGGACAGAAUAUAAAAACAAUCGGAUGAUUGCUUCCUUAAUAGUUGGUAACAUCUUUCAACUUACACCCAAUGACCCAGACCCUACAUAUGUCCUUUCUGAGUUGCUGCAUUGGGCGGCAGAAGAGGGUCUUGAGCUGGUUCUCAAAGCACUGUUGGAGCGGGGGGAACCAAAAAUCGACAAGUUUGGCUCAACACUUCUGCAUAAAGCUUCAUUCGCCGGUCACGCAGCAAUUGUAAGCUUCCUUUUGGGAAAGUUCACAGAUCCCCAAGUUCGAUCAGCAGCUCUCUUCAUCGCCUCCUGGAGAGGACAUGAACCUAUCGUAAACCAGCUCCUAGACAUAGGCGUUGACGUCGAUUCUAAGAAUGAGGAUGGACAAACAGCUCUCCAUUGGGCUGUGAUCGCAAGUGACAUAAAAACCGCGUUGCAAACCCUCGACGCACCAGGAACGCGCAAGCGGCCAAAGAACAGGAGAGUCAACGUCGGUAUGAUUAAGCUUUUGAUAGACCGAGGGGCAAAGGUCAAUGAACGGAAUGGUGUUGAGCAAACACCUUUGCAUUGGGCGGUUGUCAGAGGAGACCUUAAGGCUAUCGAUCUGCUUCUAGAGAAUGGAGCAGAUCUGAAAGCUAAGGAUGACGAAGGGGCAGAUGUGAUUGAGUGGGCCGCCAAUUAUAGCGAGACGGAUGAGGUUUACAGGCUUAUUAAGAGCUGGGAGCAGAGGUAG